CCCCCCCCAGCCUCCCAGCAUCGGCGGGUCUUAACCCCCCUCCCCCUCACAGCCUUCAUCACUCAUCCUCACCGGGAAGAUGGCGACCGGCUCCGGCUGGCAGCCGUUCUACUGCCCCGCCGGUCAGGGCAAAUUCUCGCCGUCGUCCGCGUCCUUCCAGGCCGGCCUCGCCAUGGAGUACACCCAGGACCUGCACCUGAAGAUGAGCAAGAAGAUCGCGCAGCUCACCAAGGUUAUUUAUGCCCUGAACACCAAAAAUGACGAGCAUGAGGCCGCCAUCGCCACGCUGAAGGAGGCUCACGAGGAGGAGGUGCAGCAAAUCCUCUCUGAGACCAGAGAGAAGAUCCUGCAGUACAAGAGCAAAAUCAGCGACGAGCUGGACCUGAAGAGGCGGAUCCAGUCUCUGGAGGAGUCCAUGGAGCUGCACGAGCGGAUGAAGAGGCAGGCGCUGGCCGAGUUUGAGAGCUACCGCCAGCGGGUGGAGGACAUGCAGCUGUGCACGGAGGCGCAGCACACGCAGCGCGUGGUGUCCAUGUCCAGGGAGGUGGAGGAGAUGCGGCGCUCCUUCGAGGAGAAGCUGCGGACGUUCAGCCAGGCGCAGGCGCAGUUUGAGCAGGAGAAGAAGGCCGCUCUGGAGGAGCUGAAGGCUCAGCACAGACACGAGAUCCAAGAGCUCCUCCGCAGCCACCAGAGCCAGAACGCCAACUACAGCAAAGACCAGGAGAAGCUGGGCCUGCUGCACAAAGCCGAGGUGGACUCUCUGACUGAACGGGUGGAGGAGCUCAAACAGGACAAGAAGAGGCUGGUGGAGGAAUAUGAAGCUAAGCUCAGCAAGGCUCAGGUCUUCUACGAGCGCGAGCUGGAGGCCAUGAAGCGAACCCAGCAGCUCACCGCCGACAACCUGCUCGCGUGGAAACGCACGGAGGCCGAGCUGCGGCGGGAGUUCCAGGCCCAGGAGGCGGCGCUCCAGAAGACCCUCGGAAAGCUGCGGUCAGAGCUGGCCCGGGUGACGGACGAGGCCCGAGAGAACCGGGAGAAGUCCCACAAGCUGCAGGCGUCGCUCACAGCGGCAGAGAGCGCCGUCAAGGACCUGAACAGGCAGCUGGAUGAAGUGACCCAGAACUCUGAGAUCAUAGAGAUCCGUCAGAAGGAGGCGGAGUGUGAGCUGGAGGCGGCCAGAGACCGGGUCCAGCAGCAGGCCACCGAGAUCCUCCUCAAAGCCAGUCAGAUCAGCAGCCUGCAGGCCGCCCAGAUGACCCAGGAGGCCGCCAUCAGGGACCUGGACAACGAGAGGAGCCGGCUGAAGGACAAGGUGCUGCGGCUGGAGGAGGAGCGGGAGGCGCUGCAGAACCAGGGCCAGGCGGUGGACGAGCGGCAGAAGCAGCAGAUCCAGUCCCUGGAGAAGGCUCUGAGUGAGGAGAAGGCGUCCUACGAGAAGGAAAUGAACAACAUGAAGGCUCGCUUCGAGGAGGAGGGCAGCCAGAUGAAGGAGAGCCAGGCUCGAGCUCUGGAGGAAGUGGCCAAGAAGCACCGUGUGACCAUGGAGACGUCCUUCGCCAGCGCGGAGAAGGACAAGAACCGGCUGCUGGCGGAGUUGGAGCAGCAGUUCGAGCGUGAACGUCUGUCACUGGAAGACGAGAAGAAGCUCCUGAAGCAGCAGCUGGACGAGCUGAGGGAGGAGCUGACGUCCAAACUCACUGCAGCCAACCAGGAGGUGUCUCGGUUGCAGCAGGAGGUCCGUCAGGGGGAGCAGGACUUUAACACAGCAGAGGGACAGAUCUCCACACUGAAGGAGGCGCAGGACAAACUGCUGGAGGAGCUCGAUGCCACGAGAGCGCGACUGAGAGAAACCAGCAACCUGCUGUCUGCUCUGCAGGGAGAGCUGGAGACACAGAAGCGUCAGCACGAGGCCAAAGUCAUUACAACCAAAGAGGAGGAGAAGCUGAAGAUGGACAAGAUGGCUCUGGAGCUGGAGUUGAAGUGGACUGAGACGCUCAGGCAGGAGUGUAAGAAGCUGCGGGAGGAGCUGAGGGAGGAGCACGAGGAGGACAAAGCUUCGGCUCUGGCCCAGCUGUCCCAAGCCAAGGAGCAGGAGCUGAGCGGCGCCAGGGAGAGCUGGCAGAGGAAGGUGGAGGACCUGCUGGAACAGAUUUCCCUGCUGAAGCAGAGUCUGGAGAUGCAGCUGUCGCAGUCGCAGUCGUCUCUGCAGCAGCUGCAGCAUCAGUUCAGCCAGGAGCGCGAGCACCUGCGCAUGCAGCUGGACGAGCUGCAGACGGAGCACCAGAGGCGGCAGCAGCGUCUGCAGGAGGUCCACGUGUGCGCCGUGCAGGAGAUGGAACGCACCAGGCAGCGCGACCUGAAGGAGCUGGAGGAGCGUCUGCGCCACCAUCACCACGCAGAGCUGCAGUCGCUCAGGGAGGCCCACCGCCAGAGCAUCGAGACGCUCAAGCAGCAGUCGGAGCAGGAGCUGCAGACUCUGCGCUUUGAGCUGGAGGACGAGGGCAAAGCCAUGCUGGCCUCCCUGCGCUCGGAGCUCAACCACAUCCACGCCUCGGCCAUCGAACACCUGCGCCAAACCCACCAGCAGGAGUCCGCCGCCGCCAAGGCCCAGCUGGAGGAGGUGCUGGAGAGCAACCAGACGCAGGAGCGGGAGCUUCUGGGCCGGAUCUCGGAGCUGCAGGACGAGGUGUCCAGGAGGAAAAGCCAGGUGGUCCAGCUGGACCGCCAGAUCCACACGCUCAACGAGAACAUCAGCAGCCUGACCAAAGAGCUGGAGACCAAAGGCAAGGAGGUCUUGAAGAUCCGCAGCGAGGCCAACCAGCAGAUCCGGGCGCACGAGCAGGAGCUGAUGAAGAGGCACGAGCGGGAGCUGUCGGAGAUGAACGCCGCCCACAGCAGGGAGACGCAGAACAUGCUGUCCGACUUCAACAAAGCCCAGGAGGUGCUGAAGGACAAGAUCUCCGCCCUUCAGAUUCUGCUGGAAGGAACGGAGGAGAAGUUCAGGAACAGAGAGAGCCGUCCUGAAGACCUGCAGGUCAUCGCUGAGCUGAAGGACAUGGUGUCAGAGCGGGAAACUCUGGUCAAGAAGCUGGUGGAUGACAAGAAGUUCUACCAGCUGGAGCUCGUCAACAGGGAGACCAACUUCAACAAGGUCUUCAACGCCAGCCCCAACGUAGGAGUCAUCAACCCGCUGAUAAAGCAAAAGAAAAAGGUUGAGAAAUCAGCAGCCAGCAGGUUCAGCAGCUCCUCCAAUGUCAGGGCUCUGCUGGCCGCAGGAACGGGCGUGGCCGUGGGGGGCGGGCAGCACCCGCCUCCACCCCCACCCCCGCCCCUGCCCAACCGCCUCGAGCCCCUCCCCAACUCCCCCCUACACCACCUCGAGCUCAACGCCAACAAACCUCUUGCCCUGCCGACCCCUCCCACCGAGGCCAAGAAGUUGAGCCCUCCUGAAAGUAAGGACCCCGGCCCUGACCCCGCCGACCCCCAGCGCCAGGACUGCUUCGCCCAGUACUUUUCCUUUUGACUCUGAAACACGAGGACUCAGCAUGUCGACCAACGUUAAAAAAUAAGAGGAACUUUGUGAACUCCGUCAUUGCUCGCCGUGGGGGUCGUCCGGCUGAGGUGGGGGUGUGGAGAAUCAUGCUGAAGCUGACCCACCCACCAUUACCCCACCCCCAUCUGUCGUUUCCCUGCAGACGAGUGACCAUCAGUAUGUUUGAUGUUCUCAUUUCUUGGUAACUUCUUCGCCGUUUCUGGACGGGCGCUCCGAGCGGCGUCCUCGUUGGACCGCCGUCAGAUUAGCUGGAGGCAUCUGUGCUAGGCUGUUGUGCUCUCUGCAUCUUAGAGUAGGAGGGCUGAGCUCAGAGCAGGUCCCUGCUGAGGAGCGGAGACCCCCUCCCUGGAUAAAGCCCCCGCCUCAGGACGGCUCCGCUCAGAGCAGCUGCAGAUUUUGGUAGGAGUUCAAACCUGUUUGUACGGUCGUCUGUCUCCACAGAUACGAUGAUGUCUCACGAUUUUAAAAACAAAAAUAGCAUAUUUUAUAUUUCUAUUAUAAAGUGUAUGCUUAAUAAAGAAUUAUUGUGACAUUUAA